GCUAAACAUGCAAAUUGAGCUAGUAGAUAGUAUUUGUAUUUGACUGACAUAUACUUCCUCUAUUAAAGUUUAGAUAGAAACUACUUUACAGCAGUUUCAAAAGAGCAUAUAGCAAUCAAUGCAUGUCAAAUUUGAACUUACACCUGAUUUUCAGAGAAAAGUUGAAUUGAACGCCAUUUUCUUUGCAAGGAGAUAGAUCUCAUCAGUCACUGAGUGAGAAAGGAGAGUGGGAAAUAACACAAGGUAGCUAUGUGUAACAACAGCAAUACCUGUGAAGUGGAGAUCCUCCAAGCCGUGGGCUACCUUCCUGUGUUCCUGGUGGGCUUGCUACUCAACAUGGCGGUUCUACGCGUCUUCCUCGCCAAACGAGCCAUGUGGACCGACACACACGUCUACAUGCUGAACCUCGCAGCAGCCAACUGCUCCCUCGUGUUCUUCCUCCCCUUCCGCAUCUACAAUGCCUUCCACCGUCUAGACAGAACAUACUUCUGCACCUUCCUCAUCUCCACACAUUACAUCAACAUGUACGCCAGCAUCCUCACGGUCACCGCCAUCAGCAUCCACCGCUACCUGGCGGUCAAGUACCCGUUCCACACCAGAACAUGGCGGUCAAAGAAGGUGGCUGCGGUGGUGUGUGGGACCAUAUGGGUCACCGUAGUAAUGAUAUGUGCCGUGUUCAGAAAAGACAACGAUCCUCGCAAACUGAUUACAUGUUAUGAAGUAUCUCAAGAAAGCACGUUGUCAGUUGAGUUCCUUGUGGUUCUAGAGGUGCUGGGGUAUCUUCUGCCAGUUUUGAUUUUAGUGUUCUGUUCCACACAGACCAUAAGGGUUCUAAUGAAGGAGAAGGAUGAGGAUGAGGACACCACUGUGGAGAAGAGGAACAUUAUUGGCAUAGUAACAGCCAACCUGAUCGUCUUUGUGGUCUGCUACACACCCAUCCAUCUUGGGUUUCUGCUGAGAUUCCUUUUCAAAAAAAAUAAAUGGGAAUCUUUCAAAUUAGUGCGUGAUUUUUGGCUAGUUUGUGAAUGGAUCGCUACCACAAACUGCUUCCUGGAUGCCAUUAGUUAUUACUUUAUGUUGAAACAGUUUUAUUUUGAAAACAGCAGAUCAGCAGUGAACACACACGACCGACAAUGAGUCAUCAUACCCCUCCCUUCAUGUUCUACACCACCACAAUAAUGUCAUCAUGUUUAUGUCAACAUUUCUUUCAUUAAAAUAAUGUAUUAAAUGGA